UCCCCUGUCCUGCCGUCGUCGCGAAGAAAGUGGUUAUCCGCCUAAACGUCGGCACGCCCGAUGAAGCACAUAUUUAAGAUCAAGCGGCACCCUCACCGAUCCAACGAGAUUCCCGCCCCGGCCGCCGCCGCAGCGUCGUCGUCGGCGCCGUCCACCUCCACCGUCUCCCCCUCAUGCGCCUCUGACCACCGGGCCGCGGCGUCGCUGACGCCGCCCUCCCCGUCCGAGCCACCGCGGUCGGCCGCCGCUGCAGAUGAUCGGCAGGACUACUUAUUGUCGGAGGAGGAGUUCCAGAUGCAGCUCGCUCUCGCGAUCAGCGCUUCCAAUUCGGAGUUCAGGGGCGAUCUAGAUGGCGAUCAGAUCCGUGCGGCGACGCUGUUGAGCCUGGGGAGGGACCGCAUCGAGCAAGGGAGGGAGGAGGGGACGGCAGAGUCUCUGUCACGGCGAUAUUGGGACUAUAAUGUACUUGACUAUGGUGAGAAAGUUGUGGAUGGAUUCUAUGACAUUUUUGGGCCCUUGGGAAAUUCUGCGAAUCAUGGAAGAAUGCCAUCACUACAUGAACUCCAAACAAGGAUCGGGGAUCUAGGUUUUGAAGUUAUUGUAGUCAACCGUGCGAUUGACCCUGCACUAGUAGAGUUGGAACAAGUUGCACAGUGCAUUUUGUUAGGCUGCCCUACUGCCGAAAUUGGGCUGCUGGUGCAAAGAAUCUCUGAGCUGGUUAUGGAACACAUGGGUGGUCCUGUAAGGGAUGCAAACGACAUGCUAACAAAGUGGAUGGAGAAAAGCACCGAGUUACGAGCCACACAACAGACAAGUUUGUUACCAAUUGGUUGCAUAAGAAUAGGGUUAUCUCGGCACCGUGCUCUACUGUUCAAGGUUCUUGCGGAUAAUGUUGGCAUUCCUUGCAGGCUGGUUAAAGGAAGUCACUACACUGGAGUGGAUGAUGAUGCUGUCAACAUAAUAAAGUUGGCUGAAAGAGAAUUCUUGGUUGAUCUUAUGGCUGCUCCGGGCACCUUAAUCCCUGCAGAUGUACUAAGUUUAAAAGACACUUCUUCCAAUCCUAAAGUAAGCAAGAAUAUGAGCCCUUCAACCAGCAAACCAGAGGAAGAUCAUUUCAAGGAUGAAUUAUUAGGUGGUGAACAUAAAGGUGGUAAUGAAGUUCCAUUCUUAGAUGAAAGUACGGCCUUAGAUAAAAGAUUAAGAUAUGAAAAAUCAAUUGUGAUGCCUUCAGUUCAAAGUGAUUGUAAUGGUGAAUCCUCUACAACUAGUGGAGCUCUUUCUGGGGGAAAUAUGAGUUUGUGUAUGCAAGACCAACCUGAUCAGUUUACAUCUUUGACCAGUGCAACCUGCUCAAAGCAGAAAGGGAUUGUUGGUGCCGCUGUGGAUGGUGAUAAUACCGGGAAAAGAAAGGUCAAUAUGGCAUUGAAUCCACAAAAUGCUGUAGAUUCAACAAAUCUCUUUGCUGAACUGAACCCUUUCAGGGUAACUGGAGUUGGAGAAAGUUCUCCACAUUCCAAAGCUACUGAUAGUACAAAUGGUGGAUACCAGAGGCGAAGUGAAAAAGUUGCUUUAGGUCCUGGAAGAUCCCAAGUUCCAUUGAUUUGGAAAGGACAAUCUGCAUGCAAUGAAACUCGUAACACAAAACAGAAUAAUAUUGUGGAAUUGUCAGUUCCACGGAGGAAUCAUGUACUGAAUGCAUCAUCUUCUAAAAUGCCUGGGCCAGCUGCAAAAGUAUAUUCCGGUGGUUCAACUAAUGUUGCUGGCUCUUCCAUCAGUUCAAACUCUGUUGGGGUAAUAAGUGCUGCAAAUCAAACCAGUGGCACUUCUCUAAGCAUCGGCUAUUCUUUCUCAGAAUGUGUUGAAUCAGGUAAUGCUCCCGAAAAAAACCGGAAUCAUGAAUUGGAUAGUCGCCAUUUUGAUCUGCCAGCAGAUAAAUCACUUGUCUCAGUUCUAUCAUCUGGAGAAAAGUAUUUAAUGGAUGACCGUACACGUGGAGUAGUUUCAAAAAUGAGCCAACCACAUGAACUGAGUGGACACAUGAAAAAUAUUAACGAGAAACAUGAUCCGAAAAAGUGCUCUCAUGAUAGAUUUCUGGGAACAAGUGUAAGCUCAGUUGAUCAAGAAUCUUCGAGUUCUUCCCAAGCCAGGCCAAGUCAGCUCGACCCAAUGCUAGAUGACGUGGCGGAGUGGGAAAUCCCAUGGGAAGAUAUAAUAAUUGGAGAGAGGAUUGGAUUAGGAUCAUACGGAGAAGUGUAUCGUGCAGAUUGGAAUGGCACGGAAGUAGCUGUGAAGAAGUUCCUAGACCAGGACUUUUAUGGGGAUGCUCUGGAUGAAUUCCGAAGUGAAGUACAAAUAAUGCGGAGGUUGCGUCAUCCAAAUGUUGUUCUUUUCAUGGGUGCUGUAACUCGUCCCCCUAACCUAUCUAUUGUUUCAGAGUUUCUUCCAAGAGGAAGCUUGUACAGAAUUCUUCAUCGUCCUCAUUGUCAAAUUGACGAGAAGCGCAGGAUAAAAAUGGCCCUUGAUGUGGCCAAGGGAAUGAAUUGCUUGCACACCAGUGUGCCUACCAUCGUGCAUCGGGAUCUUAAAUCACCUAACCUAUUGGUCGACAAGAAUUGGACUGUAAAGGUUUGUGAUUUUGGCUUGUCACGCUUGAAGCAUAGUACAUUUCUAUCAUCAAAAUCCACAGCUGGGACGCCUGAGUGGAUGGCACCAGAGGUGUUGCGCAAUGAAAAAUCCAAUGAAAAAUGUGAUGUAUAUAGUUUUGGAGUAAUCCUGUGGGAACUUGCGACGCUGCGGAUGCCAUGGAGCGGAAUGAACCCAAUGCAAGUGGUUGGAGCUGUUGGAUUCCAGGACCGACGGCUUGACGUCCCAAAAGAAGUUGAUCCCUUGGUUGCAAGGAUCAUUUGGGAAUGCUGGCAAACGGAUCCAAGCCUGCGGCCCUCGUUUGCACAACUGACAACUGCUCUGAGGUCCCUACAGCGGCUUGUCAUUCCAUCACAUCAGGAGACACAAAGCCCUCCCAUGCCACAAGAGAUAUCAGUGAACCUGACGCCUUGAUCACUAAGCAUACUAGGUGACUUUCAUGGGUUGGUUCUGGCCAUAGUCGACUCUCCUUGUGGCUCUCUUGCUGCCGUUGCAAAAAAAAUUUUCCGUGGCAGUCUGUACAGUGAAGUCAAAAGCCUUGUGUUAUGUAUAGAAAGAAAAUUGCAACCUGUUCUUUGUUAACUGUGUUUGCAAGCCGAAACCGGCCAUCUUUUAUGGAUAACACCCCUGUAUGAGGGUGAACAGUGCAUAGUUUUACUUGAUGGGGUGUAUGAAGGUGAACAGUGCAUAGUUUUACUUGAUGGACUGUAAUUGUAUCUGUACUCUCUUUUAUCAUAAAUCUGUUGUAUAAUGUGCAAACUAUGAACUUUCUUA